UUAGUUAAGAAUUUAAAACGAGUGUACUUCCUUUCGUUUCAAUGCUUACCACGUUGUUUAAACGAUCAAUAAAUUUUUGUAAAUAUAGUAAAAAAAAGUUGUUAAUAAAGAAUUAUUUUUCAACAAUGGGAAACAGCUCAACAGUUAACUUAGAUUUAGGAGUAAAUCGUAUAGUGUGGCUAGACAUGGAAAUGACUGGUUUAAAUCAGGAAAAAGAUAAAAUAAUGGAGAUUGCCUGUCUUGUUACCGACGCUGAUCUAAAUACAGUUGCUGAAGGACCAGAUAUAAUAAUACAUCAUACAAAAGAAACUCUUGAUAAAAUGAAUGAUUGGUGUGUGAAACAUCACAAUAAAACAGGAUUGGUCGAAGCUUGUUUAAAUUCAAAGACGGACAUUAAACAAGCUGAAGAUGAACUUUUGCAAUUUGUGCAAGAACAUACUAUUGAAAAAAUGUCACCCAUUGCAGGGAAUAGUGUUUAUAUGGAUAGAAUAUUCUUAAUAAAGUAUAUGCCUAAAUUGAACAACUAUUUUCAUUAUAGAAUAAUAGACGUUUCCACAAUUAAAGAAUUAUGUAGAAGAUGGAAUCCCAGUGUGUUCAAGCAAGCCCCAGAUAAAAAAUUUGAACACCGAGCUCUCAGUGAUAUAAGAGAAAGUGUGGAAGAAUUAAAGUUUUAUAAAAACCAUUUUUUAAAAUUAGAAAAAUCGUGAUUUUCUAUGAAGUUAAGCAAAAUCCACCCUGAAAUUGAAUAAUUUUAAAUACCUCAUGUAAUUUAUUACUUUAUACACAUUUUAUUUAAUUUACAAUAAAAAUUUCACUAGUAAA